GGCCGGGCUCUGCUCCGGGGCCUCUCCCUCUCGGUCUGGCGAGUAGGGGCCGGCUCGAUGUCCCGGAGCUUCCGCAGCAGCGCCGUCAGGAGCAGCAGAGAGAAGAGAUCCCACCUUCCAGAGUCCACCACUGUCUUCCUCCCUUCCCACUGACGUGAAGCCACUAUUAUCUCAGGAACUGAAAUGGCCAGACAAAUCUGUAAAGAAAUAUGCCAUGAGGUAGAAUCAUGGGUGUCCCUUGGGAACAGGAACCCUCAUCUCAGUAUUAUUUUAGUAGGAGACAACCCAGCAAGCCAUACCUAUGUAAGGAAUAAGAUCAAAGCUGCUACAGCUGUAGGCAUUGGUAGUGAGGUCAUUCUGAAACCUAAAGAUGUUUGUCAGGAAGAACUUUUGGACAUAACUGAGCAGCUGAACAUGGACUCAAGAGUUAGUGGCAUAUUAGUUCAACUGCCUUUGCCAGACCACAUAGAUGAACGGACAGUCUGUAACGGAAUUGCACCUGGAAAAGAUGUAGAUGGGUUUCAUAUUGUCAAUGUUGGACGACUAUGUCUGGAUCAGCAUUCUAUGAUACCAGCCACUGCCUGUGCUGUCUGGGAAAUAAUAAAAAGAACAGGAAUUGAAACAUUUGGGAAAAACGUGGUUGUGGUUGGAAGAUCCAAGAAUGUAGGGAUGCCUAUUACGAUGCUUUUGCACACUGAUGGGGAGCAUGAAAGACCUGGAGGUGAUGCCACAGUGACAAUAACUCAUAGAUAUACUCCAGAAGAGCAGCUGAAGAUCCAUACACAAUUGGCUGAUAUUAUCAUAGUAGCUGCAGGCAUUCCAAAGAUGAUUACCUCAGAUAUGGUAAAAGAAGGUGCUGCUGUCAUUGAUGUGGGGAUCAACCAUAUCCGCGACCCUGUAACAGGAAGGACAAAAUUAGUAGGUGAUGUGGACUUUGAAGAAGUUAAGAAGAAAGCGAAGUUUAUCACUCCAGUUCCAGGUGGUGUGGGACCUAUGACUGUGGCCAUGCUUCUGAGGAAUACCCUUCUGGCAGCCAAGAAGGUCAUUUACUAGACAACUCCUGCUACCUGGCACGAAAAUAAGAUUGAUGUCAUGUGGUUUAUUUAUCAGCCAAGAGUCAAAACCUCUAUAUUUUACUACAAAGCUGUUUAUUUCUACAUUAUAUUUAUUUUUCAUGUAUGGAAUGAUUCUCAAUUUGGCAGCUCACAAAAUCUUGUGCAUUCUCUGCUAAUGGAUUAUUCUUUUAAUUUUACUUUAAGAAAAAAGCAGUGAUUGCUCUUGCCUUGUAGAUAACACUGGUUCAUUAAAAAGAUUAAGCUACAGGUUGCUGAAAUAAUAAAAGGACUUACAAGCAGGUGACAGGUUUCUGAGAAUAUUCACAGCCAUGUCCUUAAAGGAAUCUUGAAUAUUUCACCAUGUGCAUGGGAGACACCUAGUCCUCAGAUAGCCUUCAAGGGAGAGUUUUGCUCUACUGAAUCGGAUGCUUUCUUUUAUAGGAACAGUCAACAUAAUAAGAUCUUGUUUUCUGUUUCUCGUGUAACUAUCAAGAUGUGGUCUUCUUCGGAGUAUCAUUCAUGAAAGCCUGACUGUUCCCUUCUCAUGCCUCCAUUGGAGAGGAGAUGCUGUCAAAA